AUGGAUCUUCCGAUCACUCCACAGGGCUACAGGGACCUUCAGAUCACUCCACAGGGCUACAGGGACCUUCCGAUCACUCCACAGGGCUACAGGGACCUUCAGAUCACUCCACAGGGCUACAGGGACCUUCAGAUCACUCCACAUGGCUACAGGGACCUUCAGAUCACUCCACAGGGCUACAGGGACCUUCAUAUCACUCCACAGGGCUACAGGGACCUUCAGAUCACUCCACAGGGCUACAGGGACCUUCAGAUCACUCCACAGGGCUACAGGGACCUUCAUAUCACUCCACAGGGCUACAGGGACCUUCAGAUCACUCCACAGGGCUACAGGGACCUUCAUAUCACUCCACAGGGCUACAGGGACCUUUAG